AUGAAGGUGUCAGUGGAGCCCCCUCACGCCGAUGUAUCAGCGGAGCCAAGUGUCUGUACCAGUCGAGAUCAUCAGGCGGCGACCGAGCAGGUGCACCAGCAGAGAUCAGGCAGCCGCGUUGGCAGGCAGGUGCCGAGAAACCCUAGCACCAUUGCCCAGACCUCCUUUCACGCGCCCACCCCUCUUCCUUUCAUUUCUCUCUGCCGCCGCCGUUGCCCAGACCUUCCUUUCACGCGCGCCCUCGCUCAGAUCUCCGCCGGCGAACCUCCGCUUCCCCUGCCGCCCUCCCCUGCGUCCCUACUGCCGCCCCCAGCUCCCUCCUAUCGGCCGGCGCGGCCCACUCCUACCGGCCUGCUGCCGCCCCCAGCUCCCUCCUACCCCGCGCCGCCCACCCCUGCUGGCCCGCUGCCGUGCGCCUCAUCACCGGAGAAGGGGCACACGACGCGUCCCUGCUGCUGCCCCAACAUCGAAGAAGAGGCAGGAGGGAAGAAGACGCGUCCACCCCUGCUGCGUCCCUACUGCUGCUCGUCGGGGAUUUGGACAGUGGAAGCCCCGGCCGCCCCUGCUCCCUCCUGCGCUGGGCCUUGUGAACGUGUGACUGCUACACUGACCCCAGCAAGGAUUGUGCUGCACCAAACCACCAUGAGGCUGACAUAAGACCUUCAACAACACAAGACAAGUCUGCUUGUGGUGCUCCUCCACACAACCCAACAAGUUGCACACCUGCUCCACCGACGUCGUCCUCACAUUGUUUGCAGCCUACAGAUUGAAGUAUUUUAGG